AUGUCAUCCACCACCGUCCCCAAGCGCGCUCCCACCCUCAAGAUUGCGCUUGGCGAGUCCAGCUUCUCCUUUGACCGCUCCUCUUCGGCCAUCUCCCCUUCUUCGGCCACCAAGCCCAGCCCUGCCGCCUGGAACAUUGAGCAGCCUCGUCGCAAGUCGUCGAGCGGCUCGUCUUACGCCGGCUCCUACCAGGGCACGCGCUGCCACUGCUGCGGUACUAUGUUUGUCAUUAGCAACAAGUGCAUCAACCGCCAGUGCAGCCACGUCUCGUGCGAGCAGUGCGUCUAA